UUGUUCCCGCUUCAGUUGCAAUGUCGGACACUGGAGCAAGAUUUGUUGGGUCUGCUUUGGGUGCGGCCAUUGCGGAGAUCGUAACGCUACCCACAGAUGUGGUGAAAGUUCGGCUGCAGGUUCAGUCUGGGUCUGCCCAGUACAAUGGCUUGGCCGAUUGCUUGCUGCAAACUGCGCGCACAGAAGGUGUACAAGCCCUGUGGAAAGGCUUGACACCAGCGCUUGUGCGUCAGGUUUGCUACACUUCCAUGUCUUUGGUGAUCUACGAGCCAAUUCGCGGCUUCUAUGGCAAGCUGCUGCAGGACAAAGACAAGAGUCCCAGCUACCUCCAACGGCUGUGUGCUGGUGGCACUGCUGGAGCACUGGCAAUUUCUGUUUUCAACCCGGCAGAGGUGGUGAAGACGCAAGUGCAGACAACCGUGGGAGCUAGCGUCACGAUGCGCGAAGUUUCUGCACGGGUUUGGGCCCAGGAUGGUGUGCGAGGCUUUUGGGCAGGUCUAUGGCCUAAUGUGACCCGAACCUUUUUGGUGAAUGCUGCAGAGCUGGGUACUUACGACGAAGCCAAGAGCCGUCUAGUGCCUGUCUUGGGUGAUGGCUUCUUUGCUCAUGUUGCAGCGUCGGGAGCAGCAGGUUUCACCUCUGCGUGUGUGUCGACGCCCGCAGAUGUUGUGAAGACCCGCCUGAUGAACUCUGCAGGGGAAGAUGUGAAGCAGUACCGAGGAAUGGCUCACGCGUUUAGCAAGAUCCUCACGGAAGAGGGCGUUCCUGCACUCUAUAAAGGUUUCCUGCCAAUCUGUGUUCGAAAGCUUGUUUGGUGCGCUGCCUUCUUCGUGAGUUACGAAAAGAUUCGCGCAGGGGUCAAUUCUUCAUACUCCAGAUGACACAGCUGCCCAAGAGACAAGAGAAACGGAUGGGAAAGCAUCAAAAGUGCUGAAACGGAGUGAAUUGCAUCGACAAAUACUGGCUCAAUGGCAGCUACAUGUUCGUAUUCUAGUCGGCUUACCAACAUGGCAUGAUUUCAUGCUGGCCCAUUGCAAAGAGCAAUCGUUUGUACAAAGCUGGUAAGAGAUGCAUCCAGGAGCGGCACAGGUCGUGAUCUUUUCCAUGAAAAGCGCCGCGGUUAAACUGCGGUGCUUCUCGGGGCAGUUGAUGUGCACAUGGCAAAAGGGAGUUGCUUUCUUUUCCAUUCUUGACCCAACCGCUCUGAAAA